AUGCAACGGGAAGGAGUGAAAAGGACAGAAGAGAAAGCUGGAGAGGACAACCACGAGAACCCUGUAGACAGAGAAGAAUAUCAGAUCAAAUCACAGUCUCUCCACCCGCAGGACCAAACUACCCCUCGACACUCUCUGCCACCUCAUUCACGGGUGUCGAAGAGUGUGGACAGAGACAUGUACAAAAAGGAGCUUGGCCUGUUUCAUGUAUGUAAUGCACAAAGGAAAAAGACAGCUAAAAUCACUACAUCCUCUGGUUAG